AAAAUAAUUUUACUUUCGUCAAUCGAAAAUAGAUCACAAAAUAAUGAGAAAUGCAAGUACCAGGAAAAGAGAGUCCUCUAACUUCUUAAUUGAUCCAUGUAGCCGAAGUCUUUAUAAUUGUGUCACAGGACAUACAUCGACCAGACCAUUAUCAACAUAUGGCGAAAAUUUCGUUACUCUCUUUUCUUCUGUGUAAUAUAUUUCUUCUAGUUGCUCAACAAACCACAGCCCAACCGCCAAGCUUCUUAUUCCAAUUUUGUCUAAACGACAAAGGUAAUUACACCCUCAACAGUACCUACCAAGCAAAUCUCAAUCACCUCCUCACAACACUUCCCACCUCCCAAAACGACAAUGGUUACGGCUUUUACAAUGUCUCCUACGGCAAAGGCUCAGACCAAGUUUAUGCAGUUGGACUGUGCCGUGGAGACGCCACACCCAAUGUCUGCCGAAGUUGCCUCAACGACUCCAUGCAUGUCCUCACAGACAUCUGCCCGAACCAGAAGGAGGCAGUAGGAUGGUACGACAACUGCAUGUUACGCUACUCAAAUAGUUCCACGUUACGCUACUCCAAUAGGUCCAUGUUGGGCACUCCAGUGACUAUCCCAUUAAACUACUUGUGGAACCCCGAGAACGUGUCGUCUUCUAACGUUCAAGAGUACUUUGAUGAUCUUAGGACCCUAUUAGAUGGCUUGAAAAACGAAGCAGCUUCUGGAGGCUCUCUUCGUAAGUACGCCACGGGACAAACAAAGGCUCCGGACUUUUUAACCAUUUAUGCACUUGUUCAGUGUACCCCAGACUUGCCCCAGCAACAAUGUAUCAACUGCUUGGACUACGUGUACAGUCGUAUUCCCAAUUGUUGUUUUGGGAAAGUAGGAGGCAGAGUUGUUGGCCCCACUUGUAGUGUAAGGUAUGAGAAAUACCUCUUCUAUGGAUCUCCAUAUGAUCCGCGACCUCCAUCCCAGAAGGCGCCCACGCCCGCGCCGACUAAUAACACCAUAAACAAUAUUACAGAAGGACAAAAGAGCACCGACAAGUCCAGAAAUAUUAUCAUUGCUGUUGUGGCCACGGUUUCCGGUGUGGUACUAAUCAUCUUCUUCCUUGUGUGUUUGAGAUUAAGGAAGUCAAAGAAAAAUGUACAAGCUAUAAAAACAUACGAACCAGUUGAUGAAAUUGAAAGUGCGGAGUCGUUGCUGUACGAUUUUGAAACCAUUAACGUUGCGACAGAUCAGUUUUCUGAGGAUAACAAGCUCGGACAAGGUGGUUUUGGUGCGGUUUAUCAGGGGAGACUUGCCAAUGGACAAGACAUAGCAGUAAAACGGUUGUGUAGGGGUUCAGGGCAAGGAGAUCUGGAAUUCAAGAAUGAGGUAAUGCUAGUUGCCAAGCUGCAACACCGCAAUCUUGUUAGGCUUCUCGGUUUCAGCUUGGAAUCAAGUGAAAGGCUUCUUGUCUAUGAGUUUGUUCAAAACGCAAGUCUUGAUCAUUUCAUAUUUGAUCCAAGAAACCGAGUCACUUUGGAUUGGGAUAGGCGUUACAAAAUAAUAGGAGGCGUAGCUCGAGGACUUCUUUACCUUCAUGAAGAUUCACGUUUGAGAAUUAUCCAUCGAGAUCUCAAGGCUAGUAACAUCUUGCUAGAUGAAGAAAUGAAUCCUAAAAUUGCAGACUUUGGAAUGGCAAGACUUUUUGUUGUUGAUCAAACUCAAGGCAAUACAAGUCGUAUAGUGGGAACAUAUGGAUACAUGGCUCCGGAAUAUGCGAUGCAUGGACAUUUUUCAGUCAAAUCUGAUGUAUUCAGUUUUGGUGUUUUAAUUUUGGAAAUAGUAAGCGGUCAGAAAAAUAAUUCUUUCCGUCAAGGCGAAUAUGUAGAAGACCUUUUAAGCUACACGUGGAGAAUAUAUAGAGAAGGAAACACUUCAAAGAUGGUUGAUCCAUUAAUGAGAGUUGGGUCAGCAUCUGAAGUAAUGAGAUGCAUUCAUAUAGGACUAUUGUGUGUCCAAGAAAAUAUAGAAAAUCGACCAACUAUGAAUGCUAUUGUGCCCAUGCUAAACAGUAACUCCCUUUCUCUUCCACUGCCCUCUGAGCCAGCAUUCUUCAUGCGUAGCAACACUGGAUCACAUAUGUCAUUUGGAUCGGAUUUCAAUUCAAGGGAGACUACUAAAUCAUCAAAUCAUCCAAAAAACGAUUGUAUUAAUGAGGCUUCAAUUACUGAACUCUUUCCUCGAUAAUAUGAUGAUAUUUUUUCUUUCAAUAUGAGUAAUUGAGCGUGGUUGUACCUAAAGUAUGCACAAAAAUGCAUUUCUUAAGUUAAAUUUUGUAAAGAAAAUUGUUUGCACUCAUGGUAAUAAAGAUACCAUUGUUUAUUUGUUAAAAAUAUAGCAUUAUUUAUGAAAAUAUUUUUUUUUUGUUUUUUAUUUUAAAUUUUAGUUUUGUUAGUACUUUGUAGAUAAUAUUUUCAAUAAAUUUAUUUAUAUAUUAAAUUUGGCUAUACGAUAAAGAGUAAAUACUAUUUUAGACUUUGUAUUUUGCAAAAGUUAUAUAUUGGACCUUCUGUUUUGUUAAAUAAUAAAAUGAACUAUGUAUUUUCUAAAAUGGUACAAAUAGGACCCUGAACUGAAUUUUUGUGAAAAUAAAAUUUAAUAAUAAUCUGACCUAGAGGUGUUAUGACAAAACUUGUUGAAUUUCCUACAUCUGUUCGUUUUAGGAAUUGUCUCAAGUUGAUUAUAUAUAAAAAAAGAAGUUUUCAAAAAUUAAACUCAUGGUUCUAUUUGUACCAUUUUAGAAAAUUAAACUCAUGGAAUCUUCUUCUACGAUUGGAGGAUCUGGAUUCGCCUCCGAGAUUCAUCAUCUCCAUUGGGUUUCCCUAGUGGACCCUCGAUUCGAUUCGGCAUUCGAGUUGUGUAUCCCAUUGUUAAGUUUGUAUGGUAUGUCGACUUACGCUCAGGUGCUUGUAAGAGUUUCGAUUCAAUACGAGCUAUUCGAGGGAGUCGAAAAUGACGAACAUUCACAGCCUCCUUUUCCAUGGAUUAAUUUAUUUAACAUCCAUUGGGUUUUCUUCGGCUGGCUUGGCAUAGGUAAACGAAAUUUUUGACUCCACCCUACAAAUUUUGUUUAUUUGAUCAAAUGAGAUUUUAGUUCUUUGAUUUCUUUUUAUUGUAUAUAUGUGUUUUGCUAACAGUGAUAGAGGUUUUGGUAGUCCUUUUAUUAUUUCCGUCCAUAUUCAGGUCUGUUCAAGAUUAUGGUACUGUGUGUCAGAAAGAUUCAGAUCUUCAUUGAUAUUCUUUCUCUCUAUAAUACCGACGUUAAGUUUUUGUCAUUGCUGUGUGCCAAUGCUGUACAUGGGAGGUGACCAACCCUGGUAUUUCGUUGAGUGAGGAUGUGGCGGAUAUCCAAUCUGACCACUUAGCUGAAGACGAAUUUGAUGGACGUUACCUAAUUUUCGUAAGUUUGUGUAUACUUAAUUGAUUGAUAUUUGUAUUAAUUCUUCCUAUAAUUGUGGUUUUUACAUUUAUGAUAUUUUAAUUUAAUUUGCAUUUUCUUAGAUUUUGGGAGUAUUAAAUAUAUUUUUCACGUUUACCUUUUUUUGGAAUGAUGAUAUAUAUAUACAGCCUUAUUUUGUAACAAAAUUAUAAUUUUUUGUGUUCUAUAGUAUUAUUUUCUAUUUUAAUUGAUUUUCAUUUAAUAGAUUAUUUAAAUGUCUAUUAAAAUUUAAUACUUAUCUAUUGUAUUGUCUAUUAAUAUUUUAUUUAUUGUGGUGAAGACUAUUUGGGCAAUCCUUCAUUAGGAGUUGAGGUGCGUAGGUUGUAGUGUGAUUAGCGUUAGUAAUUUUAAUUGUCAUUGAUGAGCAUUUGUUGGGUGGAUUUUGAAUUUUAUUAUUAUUAUAAUAUUUUUUUAUCUUUUAGCUAUAUUUAUAUAUAUCUUUAAUAGCUAAACGUGUUUUAUAAUUAUUUUUUAUAGGUUUUAUUUUAUUUUAAAUUAUUCUUACCUUAUAUAUUUUAUUAGGUUUUUAAAAUCUAUUAAAUUCUUAUAUGAGUGGCAUUUAGUUUUAUUUGUAUUAAUAAAGAUUUUUGUAUUAAUUUUGGUACUUUAAAAAUAUUUUAUUUUAUUUAGCUUGAAUUUAUUUGGGGAUAGUUUAAGUGUACGUUUAUUAGCUAGCUUGUGCCAUUUUUGGUUAGUUUGUGCUAUUUUUUUUUGGCUAUUUUGUACCAUCUUUUUGGAGUUUACAGUAUGUUGUUAGCUCGUUUGUGCAUGGAUUCAACCUCAAAGAGUGCUAUUAUAAAUUUUCACAGAUAAGUUUUAAUCUUGCUUUAUAAUUAUAGUUUAAUAUUUUUGGACGAAUUUCUUUCUAUUAUUUUUUUCAUUGUUGUCUUAUCAUUUAUUUGUUAGGCUAUUGAGUUUUUGUUACAUUUUUUGAAAAUAGUUAAUUUUAAUUAGGAUUUGAUUUAUUAAGUUUAAUUAAUAUCUCAAAUCUUAUUAUGGUGCAGGUUAUUUUGGCUAGUAUAGUUCUACCUCUCGAAAGACUUAGCUCUAAUAAUUGGACAUAACAUUGUGAUUUUUUGAGUGAAAAAAUACUUCAAAGAUAAGUUUUAUUUUGUUAUAAUAAUAAUUAUGUUUUAUCCUCAAUUUAAAAAUUCACAACAUUAUCAUUGUAUAGUGUGCUAAUCUACAUUUCUAUAUCUAUUUAUUUUGUAGGUAGUUUUAGUCCAGGUGGUUGUUUACAUCGGAUGCCUCUUGAAUUGAAGGUCAAUUUUGUGGAGGGCGCCCUACGACUAAAGAGACUUUGUCGGUAAGUUUAAUUCAAGGAUUGUCUCUUCUAAUACCUGUUGUUGCUUGGUGUUGUUUGUUUUUUCAGCUAUCAAUAAAGGAAGGGUGUUUUAAUGAGUUGGGGGUGCUGUUUGAGGAUGUUAUAGCUUUAUUGUCUAAAUUUCCGGGGGCAGUUUUGUCCUAUGUGGCUUGCGAUAAGAAAUUCUGCAGCUCAUAGUUUGGCAAAGCAUGCCCUUUGGUUAGACGAUGAGCUAUCCUGGUUCGAGGAGGUGCAGCCGCCGAUUAUGGAUUGUCGUGUUAUUAAUCAUGUGUGAUUUUGAUCACCGCGUCAAAAAUAUAU